AUGGCGGCGGCGUUAGCCGGAGAUGAUCUGGCAAGGCAGUCUAGCAGCCGGCGGAGCUGGCGGUCGACGAGUGUUCGGGAAAUGUGGAACGCGCCGGACGUGUUUCAGCGGAGUGGGCGGCAGCAGGCGGUGGAUGAGGAGGAGGAGCUCAAGUGGGCAGCUAUAGAGAGGCUGCCCACUUAUGACAGGAUGAGGAGGGGGAUGUUGAGACAGGCCAUGAGCAAUGGGAGGGUUAUAACUGAAGAAGUUGAUGUUGCAAACCUCGGAGCUCAGGAUAAGAAGCAGUUGAUGGAGAGCAUACUUAAGGUUGUUGAGGAGGAUAAUGAGAGGUUCUUGCAGAGGCUCAGAGCCAGAAAUGACAGGGUUGGUAUUGAGGUUCCUAAGGUUGAAGUUAGAUUCCAGAAUGUAUCAAUAGAGGGAGAUGCAUAUGUUGGCACCAGAGCACUUCCAACUCUGCUAAAUUCCACCUUGAAUCAACUAGAGGGACUAAUUGGAUUGAUUGGACUCUCACCGUCAAAGAAAAGAGUUGUCAAGAUACUCCAAGAUGUGAGCGGUAUUAUUAAACCAUCAAGGAUGACACUGCUUCUUGGACCUCCAUCGUCAGGAAAAACAACACUGCUAAAAGCACUUGCUGGAAAGCUUGAUAAGGAUCUAAGGGAAACUGGGAAAGUGACCUACUGUGGCCAUGAAUUCAAGGAAUUUGUGCCUCAGAGAACCUCUGCUUAUAUUAGUCAGCAUGAUCUUCAUUAUGGUGAGAUGACAGUUCGUGAAACAUUGGAUUUCUCUGGACGUUGCCUGGGAGUUGGAACCAGGUAUGAUAUGCUUGUAGAGUUGUCUAGACGGGAGAAAGAUUCAGGCAUCAAACCAGAUCCUGAGAUUGAUGCAUUCAUGAAAGCCACAUCUAUGACAGGCCAGGAAACUAGUUUGAUCACAGAUUAUGUUCUCAAGAUACUUGGACUUGAUAUCUGUGCUGAUAUUAUGGUGGGUGAUGACAUGAGAAGGGGCAUAUCUGGUGGACAAAAGAAACGUGUAACUACUGGAGAAAUGUUGGUUGGACCAGCGAAAGCAUUUUUCAUGGAUGAAAUAUCAACAGGGCUGGACAGUUCCACAACCUUUCAGAUUGUGAAGUUCAUGAGACAGAUGGUUCAUAUCAUGGAUGUGUCUAUGGUCAUCUCUCUCUUGCAACCAGCACCUGAGUCUUAUGAUCUUUUUGAUGACAUUAUCCUUCUUUCUGAGGGUCAGAUUGUCUACCAAGGCCCACGUGAGAAUGUUCUGGAAUUCUUUGAAUUUAUGGGGUUCAGAUGCCCAGACAGAAAGGGUGUUGCUGACUUUUUGCAAGAAGUGACCUCAAAGAAGGACCAAGAACAAUACUGGUAUAAGAAAAACCAACCUUAUAGAUAUGUCUCGGUAUCUGAUUUCGUUCGGGCUUUUACGACUUUCCAUGUUGGCCAACGGCUUGUGGAAGAACUAAGAGUUCCAUACGAUAAACGAACAGUCCAUCCUGCUGCAUUGGUGAAGGAAAAGUAUGGAAUAUCCAAUAUGGAGAUCUUCAAGGCAUGCUUUGCGAGGGAAUGGUUGCUGAUGAAGCGUAACUCUUUUGUAUACAUAUUCAAAACUACCCAGAUAACAAUCAUGGCUACAAUUGCUCUGACGGUAUUCUUAAGAACAGAAAUGAAAGCUGGACAAGCAGGAGAUUCGGCAAAAUUUUGGGGAGCACUGUUUUUCAGUCUCAUUAACGUCAUGUUUAAUGGAAUGGCAGAGCUUGCCAUGACAGUUUUCAGGCUUCCUGUGUUCUUCAAACAAAGGGAUGCUUUGUUCUUCCCUGGCUGGGCCUUUGGCUUGCCCAUUUGGCUAACCAGAAUUCCCAUUUCACUGAUGGAAUCUGGGAUAUGGAUCAUUUUGACAUACUACACCAUUGGAUUUGCACCUGCUGCCAGUAGAUUCUUCAAACAGUUCUUGGCUUUCUUUGGUAUACACCAGAUGGCUCUCUCCCUCUUCCGCUUCAUUGCUGCCCUUGGUAGAAGUGAGGUUGUUUCGGGCACAAUUGGUUCUUUUACAUUGCUACUCGUGUUUGUCCUAGGAGGUUUUGUUGUUGCUAAAGAUGACAUUUUGCCAUGGAUGAUAUGGGGCUACUAUGUUUCACCUAUGAUGUAUGGGCAAAAUGCAAUUGCUAUCAAUGAAUUUCUUGAUAAAAGAUGGAGCUCUCAUGUCAACGGCACCAUUGAUGACACAGUUGGAAAGGUACUUCUGAGGGAAAGAGGCCUGUUUACUACAGAGACUUGGUAUUGGAUUUGUGUUGGAGCACUCUUCGGGUUUUCUCUUCUUUUUAAUGUUCUUUUCAUUGGAGCACUGACCUUCUUAGAUCCUCUUAGUGAAACUAAAACUCUAAUUGAGAAUGACGACGACUCUGAAAGUAGGAAGAGGCGACAAUCCAAUCCAGAAGGUAUUGAUAUGCAAGUCAGAAAUGCUCAAGGAAUUGUUAGUGCCGAAAAUAACCAAGCCAAACGAGGAAUGGUUUUGCCCUUCCAGCCCCUCUCACUUGCUUUCAACCAUGUGAAUUACUAUGUGGAUAUGCCUGCCGAAAUGAAGACCCAAGGGAUUGAAGAGACCCGACUGCAACUUCUACGAGAUGUUAGUGGUGCAUUUAGGCCGGGUGUUUUGACUGCAUUAGUUGGUGUCAGUGGUGCUGGAAAGACCACCUUGAUGGAUGUCUUAGCUGGAAGAAAGACCGGUGGCUAUAUUGAAGGAAGUAUUACGAUCUCUGGUUACCCAAAGAACCAAGCCACAUUUGCCCGGGUCAGCGGUUACUGUGAACAGAAUGACAUUCAUUCACCAUUUGUUACUGUCUAUGAAUCUCUCCUAUACUCUGCCUGGCUACGUAUUUCCAAGGAUGUCAAGACGGAGACACGAAAGAUGUUUGUUGAUGAGGUUAUGGAUUUGGUCGAGCUUAAUCCAUUGAGGAAUGCUUUAGUUGGAGUUGCGGGAGUUGAUGGACUUUCAACUGAGCAGAGAAAGAGGCUCACUAUUGCUGUAGAAUUGGUUGCGAAUCCGUCCAUCAUCUUUAUGGAUGAGCCGACAUCAGGUCUUGAUGCUAGAGCAGCCGCAAUUGUUAUGCGUACUGUAAGAAACACUGUAGAUACAGGACGAACUGUUGUAUGCACAAUUCACCAACCUAGCAUCGACAUUUUUGAAGCUUUUGAUGAGCUUUUCUUAAUGAAAAGAGGAGGUCAGGUGAUUUAUGCUGGACCUCUAGGUCGCCAGUCUCACAAACUCGUAGAAUAUUUUGAGGCUAUUCCAGGGGUUAGCAAAAUCAAAGAAGGUUACAAUCCUGCUACCUGGAUGUUAGAGGUCAGCUCUUCUGCCGUGGAGGUUCGACUUGAAACUGAUUUCGCAGAAGUAUAUGCGAACUCGGAACUCUAUAGGAGAAACCAGGAACUUAUCAAUGAACUAAGCACACCACUACCAGGUUCCAAGGACCUCUACUUCCCCACCCGAUACUCCCAAAGCUUUGGAACUCAGUGUAAGGCUUGCUUCUGGAAGCAACACUGGUCAUACUGGAGGAACUCACGGUACAAUGCCAUUAGGUUUUUCAUGACAAUUUGCAUUGGAGUAUUAUUUGGUGUUAUCUUCUGGAGCAAAGGAGACCAGAUACACAAACAACAAGACCUGAUUAAUCUUUUGGGAGCUACCUAUUCGGCUAUUCUUUUCCUUGGAUCUAGCAAUGCUUUUUCUGUGCAAUCUGUGGUUGCGGUUGAACGAACAGUUUUCUACCGUGAAAGAGCAGCGGGAAUGUAUUCAGAGUUGCCUUAUGCAUUUGCUCAGGUGUCUGUUGAGACAAUUUACGUUGCAAUCCAAACCUUUGUCUAUUCCUGUCUUCUAUUUUUCAUGAUCGGGUAUAAUUUUAAGGUGGAGAAGUUUUUGUACUUCUACUACUUCAUCUUCAUGUCCUUUACCUACUUCUCAAUGUAUGGGAUGAUGGCGGUUGCCCUAACUCCUGGGCAUCAAAUUGCUGCCAUUGUUAUGUCUUUCUUCAUGAGCUUCUGGAACUUGUUCUCUGGUUUCCUCAUCCCACGACCGCUAAUUCCCAUCUGGUGGAGGUGGUACUACUGGGGUUCUCCAGUUGCUUGGACAAUCUAUGGCGUCUUCACAUCUCAAGUUGGUGACGUCAAGACCUUUAUUGAUAUUCCUAGUCAAGAACCACAGAGAGUGGAUCUGUUCAUUAAGGACUAUUUGGGUUAUGACUAUGACUUCCUAAUACCUGUGGUUGUUGCUCAUGUUGGUUGGGUCCUCCUCUUCUUCUUCGUCUUCGCCUACGGCAUCAAGUUCCUUAACUUUCAAAGGAGAUAA